AGACCCCCGAUCCCGGUUUCCGGUUUCCAAACUCGGAACGGGGCACGAUCUGGACGAUUCCGUGCACCAGGAUUGGGACCGAAAGGAGGCUGUCGGAUGAUACGGAUUUGCCGUCGUCUGCCGUUUGUGGUGCUCCUGCUGCUGCAGUACUGUUAAUUAAGUUGACGUCAUACCUCCAGCGGAUCCGCGCAGCUGGAUGUUUGGAAGCUGGUUUUAGUUCGUCGUGUUGUCUACAUUAGCUGUGCCACGAUGCCCCGCGUGAAGGUACUGUACGAUUUCAGCGGUGAGCCAAACUCGUCGGAGAUAACGAUCGCGGUCGACGAAAUCCUGACCGUCACGAACACGGACGUCGGCGAGGGAUGGUGGGAGGGCACGAACUCGCGAGGCCAGCGCGGCCUGUUCCCGGCGGCGUACGUAGAAACGAUACCGGACGCUUCGACGGCACCGUCAGCUCCACGGAUGCCUCCACCGCCGUCGGCGGUCACGAUGACACAGUCCCAGAGCGGCCCAGCCUGGAGUUCGGGCGGAGUUACGAAGUCCACAUCACAGCAGGCGGUCGGCGGUGGCGGUGGGGCGAAUCGAUACGAUCAGACCGCCGAUGACUGGGGCGAACAGCAGGACGAUUGGGACGACGAUUGGGAUGACGAUAAUGAUACAUACUCCGAGAUUGGUCCCGGUUCGGCGGGCGGAGCAGCCGGUGCAGCGGGGCGUGGAUCCCACAAUGGCCAAAGCUCGCACCAUCAGCAGCAGCAGCAUCAGCUGACGCAUUCGAGCAGUUACUAUGCCAACGCGAACUUGCCUGCGCCGCCAGCGAGCGAUGGAGACAAUAUGUCGCUCGCCUCGACGGCAACAACUGUGGCCGGUGGUCGCCGGGCGGGUGGUUCGGGGCCAAAGAUUUUCACCAAAUCCGGCGACACCUAUCUGCUGGGGCUGCCGGUGCCGGAUGUGUCGGAAGCGGACCGGGUGCACGUGCUCGCCAUGGAGCACGGUAUCGUGUGGAAGCCGAUGCGCGACACGUACACCGUGACGGUGGACUCGCCGAAGAAGGAGAAGAAGUUUAACGGACUCAAAAGCUUCAUCGCGUACCAGUUGACCCCGUCGUUCAACAACAUUCCGGUGGCGCGCCGCUACAAACACUUCGACUGGCUGCACGAGCGGUUGGUGGCCAAAUUUUGCCUGAUCCCGAUCCCGCCGCUCCCGGACAAGCAGAUUUCGGGCCGGUACGACGAGGGGUUUGUCGAGCACCGGCGCGUGCAGCUGCAGGAGUUUGUCGACUGGAUGUGCCGCCAUCCGAUCCUGGCGACGUGCGGCGUCUGGAUGCAUUUCCUCACGUGCACGGACGAGAAAAAGUGGAAAACGGGCAAGCGGACGGCCGAGAAGGACCCACUGGUCGGGACGAUGUUCUGUGCGUCAAUCUUUCCGCCGGAGAAGACGCUGCUCCAGUCGCAGGUAGAACCGCAGGUCGAGGCGGCCGGCACGUUCGUGCCGCAGAUGGACGCCGCCGUCAAGACGCUGUUUGCGAUCUGCGGCGAUCAGUCGAAGAAGUUUCAGGUGCAAUGGAAGAAGGAGUACCAGCGCAUCGGUGAAGGGUUCUCCGAGAUGGCCCGCGCCCUCGGGGUCGACGAGCGGCGUGCCGCGACCCAGCUCAGCCUAUCCAACUCGGUUGGGCACGCGGCGGGAGUGUUCAUCAGCAUUGGCCAGCUGUUUGGUGAGCAACCGAAGCACGACUUUGUGCCGUUCUCCGAUCGGUUACACAUCUACCGGGGGCUGCUCGGGGGCUGGCCGGACACACUGAACGAGUACCGGAAUGCGGUGGCGAAGCGCAAGGACAGUGAACGGUUGACGGCGGAACAGAAGAUGGACAAUGGCCAACUGCAGGAGGUCAACCGGCGGGUGGACGUGAUGUCGUACGCACUGAUCGCGGAAAUGUCCCACUUCCGGGCGGAACGCGACACGCACCUCAAGGACACGAUCCACAGCUUUAUCGGCGCCCAAAUCGAGUUCUACAAAGCGAUCGUGCAGAAACUGGAACAGGCUCAGGGUUAUUUCUAGACCGCGUGACCGCCGGGCGAGAACGGGGAGGGGGGACAAGGAGAAUUUGCGAGUGCCUUUCGGGUGCGUGUGAAAGAAUUGGGCGCGGCAUUCCACGAUCGCGGCACCCAACCGCGGCCAUUCUGCUUUUGCUUUUCGUGACCUUUCGCGCGGCCUUCGGAGUGGCUCGUUUCGGAGUUCCGCUUGUAGUUCUCCGCUACAGGGACAGUGAGGCACCGUUAGGGUGCGCGCACCGGUCGGCCGGAUUUUUAUAAACAUAUUUUCUUCUUUUUACGAAACGCAGGGCUUUACGGAAGUGAUUUAUGCUAAGAACAGGAGGGCGCUCGGAAUCAGGAAUGGCAUCUGGCCCGAACACCGCUGGUUCGGGCUGGUAGAGGGUAAACGGCGCAACUUGCCUCCACAUUAACGAUGUUUGUAUGAGAAACACUAAAAUUAAUCAAGAAAACAACCUAUGGACCUAUUGUAAAUUGCAAUGUGAAACAAGACACGAGCAUAACAAAAAUAUGA